CUCGGGUAGCCUAGGCAACAUCCCGGAAGUUGCGGGCUGUGUUAACCUGUGGCGGGCCGGGCGGUUCUGGACCCUGAAGAUUUAGUGGCGGUGGAGGAGGCUGUCGGGAAACGGCAAGAUGUCACUUGUCAGAGUGAACCGUUAUGGUCCCCGGGGAGGAGGAAGGAAAGUACUGAAGGUAAAGAAGAAAAAAACGUCGGUGAAGCAAGAAUGGGAUAAUACUGUGAAUGAUCUAACAGUUCAUCGGGCAACUCCUGAAGAUCUGAUACGUCGUCAUGAAAUACACAAAUCAAAGAACAGAGCAUUAGUACACUGGGAACUACAAGAAAAAGCUUUGAAGAGAAAAUGGAAGAAGCAGAAACCAGAAAUUUCUAAUCUUGAGAGAAGGAGAUUGUCUAUAAUGAAGGAGAUUCUUUCUGAUCAAUACCAGAUGCAGGAUGUAUUAGAAAAAUCUGAUCAUUUGAUGGCCGAGGCAAAAGAUCUGUUUGUUGAUUUUCCCCGUAGGCGCACAGGGUUUCCAAAUGUAACUAUGGCUCCUGAUUCCUCUCAGGGUCCCAUUGUAGUAAAUCAAGACCCUGUCACGCAAGCCAUUCUCAGUGAAUCUAUCACGGAGCCUCAGGCUCUUAAUGAAGUAGAUGAUGAUGAAGAAGGAACUGUUAACAGCCAGUCUGAAGAAAGUGAGAAUGAACUGGAUAACUCUCUAAACUCUCAGUCAAAUACGAACGUAGAUAGGUUUCUUCACCAACUAAAGGAAGAUAAUUCUGAGUUAAUUAAUAAGCUGUGGACUGAUAUUCAGCAGAAAAUAACAACACAGUCACAUACCCCUCCGGGAACUCCAUCACCUGCCCCUCCAUCAGGAGAACAAAAAGCUGCUCUGAAUGCUACCAGUGCUGUCAAGAGAAUCCAGACCAGGCUUCAAUCUGAAGAAUCUACUGAAACUCUAGACUCAAGCUAUGUUGUAGGACAAGUGCUGAACUCAAGGAAGCAAAAACAGUUGUUAAAGAAAGUGAAAGGAAAACCGGAUUUGCGUGCUCCUUCCAAGCAGAAGAAGAACGUGUUAACAGCUAGCACAUCCUCCACAGACUUACCAAAUAGCAAUAAUUCCAGCCUGGAUGUCCUCAAACACAUGAUAAAUGAAGUGGAACAUGAAAUGGAAGAAUAUGAACGGUGGACAGGACGCGAGGUCAAAGGACUGCAGAGUAGUCAGGGUCUUACAGGCUUCACUCUGUCACUGGUGGGCUCCCUCUGCCGCCUGGUUCGGUACCUUAAAGAGAGCGAGGUCCAACUGCGUAAGGAAGUAGAGACGAGGCAGCAACUGGAACAAAUGUUAGGUGAUCAUCGAGAGCUCAUUGAUGCUCUUACAGCUGAAAUUCUUCUUCUUAGAGAAGAAAAUGCUGCUACCCAGGCAAGACUUCAGCAGUACAUGGUCACAACAGAUGAGCAACUUAUAUCACUCACACAUGCCAUGAAGAACUGUCCUGUGAUAAAAAGCAACAAAGAAUGUCAGGCAUCAGAAAGGGGAUCCACAAGUAGGAAAAUGAUAGACAAUCCGGAGGGCCCUGUUGUAAAUGCUAAUGUCUCCAUGCCAUUGGUAUUCAGAGGGGAAGAAGUGGCUGAAUUCGCACAGGAAGACUUGCCUGUUAAACUGUCUCAGGUGCCAACUCCCCCGGACAGUGUGAGUCUGGCUAACAGUUUUCCAGCACAUAUAUUUGAGCCGGCUGUGUUGUUAACACCACCCAGGCAGAAGAGCAACUCAGGAUUCUCUCCCUUGCAAGACGUAUUAAGGAGGACUGUUCAAACUCGUCCUGCUCCACGAAUUCCUCCAACUGUGGAAAUAAUUGAGAAGGAACAAAACUGGGAAAAGAAGAUCUUACCUACUGACACAGACCAUCAGAAUUCAAGUGAAGAGAGUCGUCUCUUCACUCAGAGGUGGAGGGUGUCUCACAUGGGGGAAGAUCUGGAGAACAAAGCCCAGGCUCCUUUUGUUAACCUCUCACAGCCCUUCUGUAGUUCCCAUUCAAACGCUCAGCAGGCCAGAAUCCCUGAGUUCUCAGAAGAGCUCCCGGUACUGGGAGAUGGACAGCAGCUUAGAACAAAUGAGGCAUUAAUACAAAGAAAAGACAUCAUGGCACGAAUUGCUGAGUUGACACUGCAAAAUUCAGCUAUCAAGGCACAUCUGAAUAAUAUUAUUGGGCCAGAAGGAGAGCAAGGGGAUGGAGUUCGGGAAUUAAACAAACAAGAGACAAGUCAUGCGAGUGACCUGACCACCACUUUUCCAGCAGCACAACCUCUAACACCAAGUAGCAUGGAGGAACGGAUUGCGGAAUUGAAUCGGCAGAGUAUGGAGGCUCGUGGAAAACUCUUGCAGUUAAUAGAGCAGCAGAAACUUAUUGGACUGAAUCUUUCCUCUCCACCGGUAUCACCCAUUCCAUCACCUCUCAGAGCAUGGACUGAAGGAGGAAAGAGGACAAUUGAAGUUUCUAUUCCAGGAGCUGAAGCCCCAGAAAGUUCAAAAUGCAGUACUGUCUCUCCUACCAGUGGGAUAAAUACAAGAAGGUCUUCAGGGGCUACUAGUAAUUCUUGUUCUCCAUUAAACGCUGCCUCAGGAAGUGGGCGAUUCACAUCUGUUAAUCCAAGAGCAAAGAUGAAGAAACUGAGGUACCAGGAGGUAAGUACCCUCUCAAAGUCGUACAACUUAGGUGUGGGGGCCCUGGGAUGGGAUACAGGAAGUCUUUGUACAAAGCCUACACUAUGCUGCCGUCUUACAGUGAGUAUAGUAUGGAAGCACAAUAAUAAUUAUUAUAAUAAUAGCUAUUUUUAUUGAGCUAUAACUGUGGUUAUCAUUAAAAUUUCACAGUAAAACUGAGUUAGACAUGUUUGAAUGCCACCCACCUCCCCUUUACAGAUGAGGAAAUUGAGCCCUGGAGGUGAAGUAAGUUGCUUAAUGUCAGGGUGUUGAGGUAAAGCCAGGACUUGAAGCUCCCCCCCCCCCUUUUUUUCCUUUUAGAGAGAGCACAUGAGCGGGGGAAGAGGAGCCAGAGGGAGAGGAGACAGAAUAUUAUCAGGCUCCAUGCUCAGCACAGAGCUUGUUGCAGGGCUUAAUCCCACGACCUUGAGAUCAUGACUUGAGCCAAAAUCAAAAGUCAGAUGCUUAACUGAGUCACCCAGGCACCCUUCUUUUUAAAAAAUAAUUAUUGGACUCCUCCUAACUUAUAAGAAAUAAUUGAUCUAGCAUAGUGGCUAAGGCUGCAAGUAUUGCAAUCAGAAAGCUUGGAUUCAAAUGCCAUUUCUGCCGCUUGGGCUAUGUCCCUGCAUAAAUUAUCUCCUUUUUCCCAUUUGAGAAUCAGACAUGAUAUAUCUUAUAGGGAUGUGAGGAGUAAGAGAGGUGAGUAUAUGUAAGUAUGUUCAGAACAGGGUCUGACUCAUAAUAAGCAUUCAGUAAGGAUGACUGCCAGUUUUUUGAUGCACAAAUAAACACACUAUUUCCUUGUGUUUCCAGAUUUUUAAAGAUAUUAUGUAGUGAAUUCUUUGUGGUUUUCUCAGAUCAGCAAUUGGACCCAGUGCUUUAAAUUUAGAGACAUUUCACCUGAAGAUGUUUGGAGGUUGAAAGUAAACAUGUUGAGAAUAUUAUUUGAAAAUUAACAUACUGUUUAGAAAUAAGUUUAUCCUAUGUUUUCUGACUUUUCAGAUACCCUGGAUAUACCAUUUAAUAAUUAAUAGUAAAGAUAAUGUUUAAGUCAGGAGACUUUAAAAGUCAAGAAUACUUGACUAAAGAGAACAUUUCAACACUACCAACAAAUCCAUGGAAGAAAGUUUUUGGAAAAUUGUGUAACAUGGAAACCAAUAAACACAAAAUAGAACACAACCUUUUAAAAAUCAACUUUAUUGAGAAAUAAUGUAUAUAUAAUUAACUGCAUCUUAAUUUGAAAAGAACAACUCAUUGACUUUUGGCAGAUGAAACUACCACAAGACAUUUUUGUCAUCUCCAAAAGAUUCCUCCUGUCUCUUCAGUGCAUCCCUCCCUUUACUCCAGCCCUGGGCAACCACUGCUGUGCUUUUUGUCAUCAUAGAUUUGUUUAUAUUUUAUCUAAAAGGAAUCAUACAUUGUACUAUUUUGUGUCUGGCUCUCUAACUCCCCAUAACAGAUUCAUUCAUGUUGUGUGUAUCAAUUUCU